GUCUUAGUACUCAAUUUUCGAAAAAAAGGAACAAGGAUAAAAGGAAAUAGGAUAAUUAAGUACUAUAUUAUUUUAAAAUUGAGGAAAGUUCUUCCUUUUCUUCAUCCUCAAACAGCCGACUUUUUCCCCAAAAGAAGAACAAUCAUUUCCUUCUUUCAAGCUAAUUUCGUAGAGAAAUUUCAAGUGACAGCUCCAAUAUCUUGAAAGAAAAAGGUUCCGGCUAGGAACGAGCCUGACACUAGAGUACGAAGUAAGAGAAACAUAUCAGGUUAAGUUGGGAUGAAGAUGGAAGUGUGCUGAGCUUGAACUUUUUCGUUUAUGUAAAUAAUCAUAGGCUCAAGAUGUUGUGUCUUCAUACAUAAUGUCCAAUGAUGUACUCCGCUGCAACACUUUAAUUCUCUUAUCACUUUUGACGUGUUGUAGAAUGUUUUAAAACCUUAACCUGUAUAUGAGCUUGACAAAUCUUGGUUAAGAUGUUUAUUUGGUUUAAACUUCUUUUGUUAAAGUUUGAUGGUGACGAACCUCUUGAAAUUUAUUGAUUAUAUAUAUGUGAGUUGUUAAUUAUUUAUUUGUCUUAGUUUCCUUUCAAUUACUUUCCAUCUCUCGUUUCUCCACCCUAGUCGUACGAUACCUGGUCUAGCUAUCUUUCUCCUAGGCCGGGCUGCGACAAAGUGGUAUCAGAGCAGGCCCUUUGCUCUGAGCCUAAUUUAUUUUGAGUUUAGUCUAGAUUGUAUCUCUAGACUACUAGGAUAUUAAUGAUGAAUGCUCAGCACACCAUCUCAUCCAGCUUAAUCAGGAUGGCUCGUACCCUACGUACCGCGAGGAAGAGGGUUAGUAUUAGAGCGACACAGGAUGAGAUCCGCUGGGAGUACCUCCACUAUGGCAUGUGUUGGAGAGACACAUUGGGGGAAUUUCUUGCCCACUUCCACGAGCACUGGUUGGCAGCUAGCAUGUAUGGGAUCUCCUCGUAUGAUGGCAUUAUUCGACUGUUGACUCUACUUCCAUCCGACUGGAAGGGUUGGGCGACCUCCAUUGCCUCAGACUACUUAUACUAUUAUGGUGAGGAGUACGACCUGUAUGUAGAUUUUCCAAGUUUCGUAGCCGUGGUUAGUUAUCAGUAUUUCUGCUAUGGGGCAGCUCCUCAUGGACCAUACACGUUACCAGGAGACUACAUCCAAGCUGGAGGAGGAAUUGCCGAUUUCUUACCACGAGAUAACCCUGCUCCGUAUAUGCCGCCUGAGCUAGUUCAGGUGGCCCCACUCCUUGAGUCUGACACUGAUGACGAGAUAGCUGCCCUACUUCGUUCUCCUACACCGAUCUACCUGGUGAUUUCCUCGGAUAGUGAGACAACUCCUCAACAAACACUCACAUCCAAUUGUACCACCCUUGGAACCCGCACCCGCGAUGAAUUUGAAGCUGGACCUUCCAGAACACCUGGUGUACCUCGAGACCAUAUGGAUUCUCUCGGAAUGCAGCCAACUGUUGGAACCAUACGUCGAGAGCCGAUAGAUCUAAAUCAAGCGGAUGUGGUAGUCGACUCGAAUGAUUCACACGAGGCAGAGACACACAGUCAGACGAUACGUGUUUUCUUAAGGAGGGAUUUUGCCGGUAAGGGUGUAAGAGUUCACGAGGUUCCACAACAUGAGGGCAAGACAAAGACGGAGCCUAGCGAGUCCAGUGCAGCAUGAGCAGAUGUUAGCUACUCUUUGAUGAUGGUUAGAUAGGAGGUGUAGUAACUUUAUGUAUGUACAUAGAUGUAUAUAGCUAUGUGUGGUGUGUAGAUGUAUAUAUAUGUUUUGAUGAUACGGAUGCGGAGUCCAGCAGACCGCAUCGUGGUAUAGUACUAGUUGUGAUGUUUAUAUAGUAGAACAUCAGGAUUAGUACUAGGGAUUUUUGUUGUACAUAUCCCUGCUAUUUUGUAAAAGUCCUCCGAGGAGGCAGAUUUUACCUGAUGAUAUAUGAUGAUGACCUACGCGGUCAUUUA